AUGACCACCGGAAACUUCGAAUUGCUCUGCUUGGAGAACCCUCUCCUGGAUAUCCAGGGUGUUGGGGAUGAAGAGAUGCUCAAGAAAUACGACCUCAAGGCAAACGAUGCUAUUCUUGCCGAAGAGAAGCACAUGGGUCUAUAUGAGGACCUGAUCCAGAACCGCAAUGCGAAGCUCAUCCCCGGUGGUGCCGCGCAGAACACGGCUCGUGGUGCAGCAUACAUCCUCCCCAAGGACUCCGUCGUAUACAUCGGAUGUGUAGGCAAGGACAAGUACGCAGAGAUUCUCGAGAAGGCCUCGUCAGAGCAAGGCGUCAAGACAGCAUACCGCUACGACGAGACCACCCCGACCGGCCGCUGUGGCGUCGUCAUCACCGGCCACGACCGCUCCAUGUGCACCGAUCUCGCCGCCGCAAACCUCUACAAACUCGACCACCUCAAGAGCCCCGAGAUCUGGCCGCUCGUCGAGCAGGCCAAGUUCUACUUCGUCGGCGGCUACCACUUGACCGUCUGCGUGCCCGCAAUCAUGGCCCUCGCAGAGGAAGCAGAGGCCAAGAACAAGCCCUUCACCCUCUCUCUCUCCGCCCCCUUCAUCCCGCAGUUCUUCAAGGACCCGCUCGACCAGGUCCUCCCGUACUGCGACUACAUCAUCGGCAACGAAACCGAAGCCGCCGCCUACGCCGAGUCGCACGGCCUCGACGCAAAGGACAUCCCCUCCAUCGCAAAGCACAUUGCCAACCUCCCCAAGAAAAACACCAAACGGGACCGCACCGUCAUCAUCACCCAGGGCACCGAGCCCAGCAUCGCCGCCACGGGUGGGAGCAGUGAGAUCCAAGAAUUCCCCGUGCACACGAUCGGCAAGGAGCAGAUCAACGAUACCAACGGUGCCGGCGACGCAUUUGCGGGCGGCUUCAUGGCCGGCCUGGUGCAGGGGAAGCCGUUCAAGGAGGCGAUGCAUAUGGGCCAGUGGCUGGCUAAGCUGAGCAUCCAGGAGCUCGGCCCGUCGUACCCGCAGCCCAAGCAGACUUACUCUGCUUGA